UAUGCAUGUUUUGACUUCCUCUUUCUGGACUUGAGGCGUGUGCAUUUGUGAGUGUUUGGUCGAGAGCUUCAUGUGGGGAACUUAAUAAAUCAGAUUGGUUUCCUUUUUACAUAAAUCAUAUGGAAAUAUCAACCAUCAAAUGAGACUGAGUCUGACCUGAGCAUAAGAAAAAGGACUGGAAGGUGGUGGGAAGAAAAGUAAACCAUCAUAACCAUGCUAAAGCAAUUUAACCUCUUAAAGCAGUUUGGAAAUGUGGGGAAGGCACAAGAUGCAACUGACCUUCUCUCGGAGGAUCUGGUUUUGGUGGAGCAGCGUGUGGAACCAACCAGGAAAGCGGCUCAGAUCAUCCACAAGAAGCUGGCCGGAUGUUUGCAGAGUCAGCAGGGACUGGACUCAGAGAGACGAAUGAAAAAGCUCCCCCUUAUGUUGCUGUCUGUCAGUAUGGCUGAGAGCUUUAAAGAUUUUGAUGGUGAAUCCUCUAUUAGGAAGGUUCUGGAAAUGUGUUGCUUCAUGCAGAACAUUCUGGCACAAACAUUAGCAGACUUUGAGGUGAAGCUGGAAAAAGAUGUUCUUGAGCCUCUAAAUAAACUCAGUGAGGAAGACCUUCCAGAGAUUCUGAAGAACAAGAAGCAGUUUGCAAAACUGACAACAGAUUGGCACAAUGCUCGAACCAGAGCUCAAGGAAGUUCAGGUCCCCAGGCCAAGCAGGAUGGACUGAGGGAGGAAGUGGAGGAAGCUUGGAGAAAACUGGAGUCAAUUAAGGACCAGUAUUCAGCUGAUCUCUACCAUUUUUCCAGUAAAGAAGAUGAAUAUGCCAAUUAUUUCAUACAUCUCUUGGAGCUACAAGCUGAAUACCACAAACUCUCCUAUGAAUUCUUGGACAAAAAUAUCAUUGAGCUCAAGGAAAACCACAACCAAACAGAACCCCAGGUGGGUGUCUCAUUAAGGAAGGUGUAUGGUGAGUCUCUAAACUCCCACCUUAAGAGCUCUGGCCAAGAGAUUGCUGAACCCAUCCAGGAGUGUGUUAGACUGCUGCUGAAGACAGGACUCAGAGAAGAGGGCUUGUUCAGGUUGACAGCGGCUGCCUCUGUGGUAAAGAGACUGAAGAGCAGUCUGAACUCAGGGACAGUGGAUCAUGCUGAUUUCAGUACUGACCCUCAUGCUGUAGCAGGUGCGCUGAAAUCUUACUUGAGAGAGCUGCCAGAACCUCUCAUGACAUCUGAACUGUAUAACGAAUGGUUCGAAGCAGCAGGAGAAAAAGAGCUAGACGACAAAUUGGAGCGGUUUCGAGCUGUACUGAAAAAACUCCCACCAGAAAACUACAACAAUCUUCGAUACCUUAUCCAGUUUCUAGCAUGUUUGUCAGAACACCAUGCGGUUAACAGGAUGACUCCUAGUAAUAUUGCCAUAGUGCUUGGACCUAACCUACUGUGGCCUCGUAUUGAGGGAGAGACUUCUCUGUUAGACAUGGCUUCUGCCUCUUCAGUCCAGGUCGUGACAGUGAUAGAACCACUCAUACAACACUCCAAGAGCCUGUUCCCUGAAGAUGUUGAUUUUGAGAUUCCAGAACUCCCAGCACUGUCUCCAUCUUUACCUCAGAAGUCCCCAUUAGACACAGUCGCUCCUCCCUCUCCAACUGCCUCUGCCUCAAAAACUGACAGUCCAUCUUCAUCCGAAAACUACAGUGCAGCAAUAAAUAUUAGGAGUGGUCCAAUGAAUCGUGGUGCAACAAUGUGGGAGAAUAGCAGUCCUGCUCCAGCCAGCCAGCCGCCUGUUCAGGCUUCUAGUUCAAAUGCGGCUCCUGGUGAGGAUCAGUCCAAGCCUUAUCCUCAACCACAACCUCGGUCUUUGCUUCAAGCAAAGUCUCAACCUCAGAUUCAGAAUGCAACCCAGCUGAAGGCAAACAGCUUUCCAGAGGACGGCUUAGAGCAGACUCACCAUGCUCCCGAGGCCACACUGAAGAUCAGCACUCCCUUUAAACCAAGAAGGUCGUUUGUUCAGAGCAGGUCAUUUAAUAAAGACUCUGUUGUAAGCUAUGGCAAACCCAAAACCCCAGUUGUUCCCAUAAGCGAGGUCGGAGUUCUGCCAAGAAGUUUUCCACUGGCCAUGCCCGCAAUCUCUGAGGCACAGAUGCAGCCUGCAGCCAAAUCCCAAGCUCCUCCAGCUCCUUCAGCGCCUCCUGUUCCUUCUGCUCCUCCACCUGAAGGAGGUCCUCAGAGAAAGGCCUUGGGCAAGAGACCCAAUGUGCCCCCUCCACUUCCACCCCAGUCCCUGCCCAAGCAGCUCUCAUCCUCAGCCCAGUGAGCCCAACUUGCAUUCGCCUUCACACUGAUUUACUAUCGUCUAUGGUUUGGAAAAUUAAGUUGAUGAUGUGGUGUACAUAUCAUGCUUUCUUGUCUUUAAAUUUGCUCCUCUUAUUAUUUGCACUGUCACAUUUUCUGUAGCUUAUGUGAAACCUUACUCUACAGAUCGGCAUUCCCCAGUAGGUUCCUGUAUGUACAAAUAUAACACAAAGAGAAAUCUCACUUCCUUUGGUUUCAGCUUUGUGAGCUAACAGUAGUGACGUAUCUAGUUACAAUUUCCUCAGCAAGCUGGGAUUUUUAUCUGUAGUACAGCAGCAAAACAAUUAUAAUCACACAUGUAAAUAGUGAUGUAACUUUUGUUUUAUGUUCUCCUUGUUUUUUUAUUAGAUAUAUUAUUUGUAUUGUUAUAAGGGUACAUUAGUAAUGUGCAGAUUUCCUGUGUGAAGGAACACAUUCGUAUAUAUACAAUAUAGAUCACAUGAUUGAGAAGUCAACUCCUCUGUCAAAAUAUUUUUUUAAAACGAAUUCAUACAAAUUAUUGUCAUAUUAGCUGUUAUAAUCUACAGCUUUAGUGUGUCACAAAAAAUAUUGUAUAAAGUUUUUAUCAUCAGAAAACUUGCCAAGAGUGUUUUUUUUAUUUAUUCCUAGGAUAUUUGUGAAUGCAAAAAUAUUUAUUGCUUAAUAAACUAAAUAAUGAACUGAAAGUUUGCAGUACUAUUAAAAUGCAUUUUUGGCUUGUCAAUAUUUUCAUAUAUCACAGCCUAGUGUAUUAAACUGAAAUGCAUAUGAGUACUUUUAUGCAUUUCAUAAUAAUAUAACAGCUGUUUCCCACAUAAAAUAUGUCUGUAAUAAGGCUUAUGUAUAACAUGG